AUGGCGGACGACGGGGAUGUUCCUGAGAACACCCAUGUUAUUUUUAAGCACUUCCUUACCUCUACCGAAGGUUCCUCGACUGGUCCUGAGCGUACUGUCCGCACAUGCCGGCACUGCAAGCUUAAGUUCGUGGGCGGCGCCUUCCGUUGUGCGCAACACAUCACGCGCUGGAAAGGGCUGAAACGGAAGGACGUCCGUCUUUGCAAGGCGCCGAUCCCUGCUGCUGACCGCAGCGCCGUCCGCGAAUUGUACGAAGGCAAACAUGCCCGCAGGGAAGGGAAGAAGAAGGCGGAGGAGAUGGCGAUCGCGGCGUGUGCGGGUGGAUCGAAGAAGCAGUGCAUCGAAGACUUUUACGGGGAGGGGGCGUCGUGUGCGAAGGACUUGGCAGACGACGCCAUCUGCCUCAUGUGGGCGGCACUUCACCUCCCGGAGCAUCUCGCCGAUCACCCUCUCUGGCGCAACGCUGUGCGCUGCAUCACGGACGCGGGCCAUGGCUACGUUCCGCCGAAGCGGCGGUAUGUUGGUGGCGCCGGCCUUGCGCGCUGCCGCGGAAAGAUCGAGCGGGGCCUCGCUCCCAUCACUGCGAGCUGGAAGCGGGAUGGAGUGAUGAUCGGUUCGGACAUGAUGACGGACAAAAGUGGCCGUCCCCAAGCCAACAUCCUGCUCAUCAAUGACUCCGGUGCUGUGUUCGCCGAAAGUAUCGACUGUAAGUUGGAGACGAAGACGGGAGGUUACAUUGCAUCGGUUUUACGCCCGAUCAUUGAGAAGGUGGGGCCCGCCAACAUCGUUGCCUUCUGCAUGGAUGGGGGCAGCAAUUACGCGGCUGCAUGUAGGGAGCUCAUGUUAGAAUUUCCUCACAUUGAGCAUGUGCCGUGCGCGACUCACGUCAUGGAUCUGCUCAUGGAGGAUAUUGGGAAAAUGGAUUGGUGCAAGGACAUUGUGGCAAAGGCGGGGUUGAUGAUUACCUUUGUGCGUGCCCACCAUUUCACCAAAGGUUACAUGAGAAGCCCGCAGGUGAAGGGAGGGAGGGGGAAGCAGGUGCUGAAGCCGGCGGGCACCAGAUUUGGCACGCAAUUCAUCGCGGUGCAGCGGCUUUGCGAGGUGCGGAGUGCAUUGACGCAGCUGGUGCUGAGCCCGGAGUGGCGGGAUUGGGCGAAGGGGAGGAAGCCGCCGGUCGAGCCCUUCGCAGACAUGAUCAUGGAUGCCGUGUGGUGGAAAGGGGCGGAGUUCUUCGUCGACCUCCUGAAGAUCCCCUUUGUCGUCAUGCGCAAGACCGACUCGACGGCCAAGGGCAUGAUGGGCAAGAUCUACGAUCUGAUGCUUCAGCUCACGGAAGACAUCAAUGCGAAGCUGGAGGAGGAGGAGGCGGGAUUGGUGCUGUCCAGCACUGAACGCACGGAGGUGACCAACAUCGUCCAGAAGCGCUGGGACCACAGCAUGGCGUGUGCCAUGCACGUGGUUGGCCGGAUCCUCAAUCCGGUCAACCAAGAGGAAGGCAUAUUCCGGACCGACCUCGAGUGCACGCGCGUCUUCAAAGCGUUUGUCGCUCGUCACUACGCAGGGCAGACGGUGACGCGCAAGGAGGGCGACGAGCUGCGUGCAUCCCACGUCAUCCAGGACGGACUGACGGCAUUCAACACCCUGCAGGGGAGCUUCGGCCUCCCCGACGCCAUCACUGACCGUGAGCUCGUGAAGGCCGGUAAGAAGACGGCCGUUGAUUGGUGGACGUGGCACGGGACGGACCACCCCGAGCUGACAACGCUCGCCUGCCGCGUUCUCUCUCAGCCGAUGUCCGCAUCGGCGUGUGAGAGGAACUGGGCCACGUGGGAGUCGAUCCACACUGCCAAGCGCAACAGGUUGGGGUCCGAGAAGUGUCGGGACCUCGUGUAUGUUGCGCACAAUUGGAACAUUGUGCGCAACUGGCACAAGGGCCCUGAUGGGCUGACGGUUCUCCCGGGGAACAUCCCUGAGGCCCCCCUGCCGGAAGGGUACAAGGAGGUUCUGGAGGAGGAUGAGGAGGAGGGGGAGGAGGAUGAGCUGGAGGAUGAGUACAAGUAG